AUGGGUGAUGAUGAAGAAACACUUAAUGAAAAUCAUGAAAGUAAACUUCAAAAAGCUUCAACAAGUGAGCCACAACCGCAACAACAUGGAAAUCAACAAGAGAAUGACAUUUCUGAAGCCACACAAUCAAAUCCUAAUGAGGUGGAUCUCAAGCAACUAGAAAGAGAUCCUGCUAAACGAAAACAAAUGCGAGAUUAUCCCGUUAAUUUAAGAGAAGAAGUAAGACGAACUUAUAUGACUUUAGGACCUUUCCAAAUACGUCUUAAAGAGUAUCAUGCUAAAGGUUCAAAGAAACACCCUCGUAGAUUCCAAUAUUCUUGGUUCAACACUUUCCCUAAUUGGUUAGAAUAUUCUCCAACAACGCACUCAUCUUAUUGUUUUAUUUGUUAUAUAUUUAAUGAUAAACCAAGUGUGUGUCAUGGUUAUGUCGCAUUUACUGUUCAAGGAUUUGGCAACUGGAAAAAAGUUAAUGAUGGGAAAAAUUGUGCAUUCUUGAAUCACAUUGGUUGUUCACAACAUAGAAAUGCAGUUGCAUUUGCUAAAAACUUGAUGAACCAAGAAGCACACAUUGAAAAUAUCAUAGUGAAGCAAAAUGAAGCGCAAAUAUUGAAGAAUCGUUUACGAUUAAAAGCUUCGAUUGAAACAGUUUCAUCUUAUAAUGAUGAAGUUGCAAAUGUUAUAUUAGAGAAAGCUCCUUAUAAUUCAAAGUAUACUUCUGGAGAAAUUCAAAAAGAAAUUCUUAGUAUUAUUGAAAAUAAAGUUCGAAAACAUAUUCGUAGUGAAGUGGGGGAUUCAUACGUUUGUGUCAUGGUUGAUGAGUCACGGGAUGAGUCUAAAAAAGAGCAAAUGACCAUAGUUUUGAGAUUUGUUGAUGAAGAAGGGAUCAUACGGGAAAGAUUCUUGGAUUUGGUUCAUGUCAAGGAUACCUUAUCAUUAACCUUGAAAACAAAUAUGUGGAGACAACUUUUACACUAUCAGUUUGAUGUUAGUAAAAUUCGUGGCCAAGGGUAUGAUGGUGCUAGUAAUAUGAGAGGGGAAUGGAACAGAUUAUGGGCACUUGUUCUUAAGGAUUGUCCUCAUGCGUAUUAUGUACACUGCUUUGGUCACAGAUUACAACUAGCACUGGUGGCUGCUUCAAGAGAAAUUAUUCCUGUGCACCAAUUUUUUUCAAACUUAGUUUUUACAAUUAAUGUGGUUUGUGCUUCUAGUAAGUGUCAUGAUGAGUUACAAAAGGAAAAGGCAACUGAGAUUGAACAUUUAUUGGAACUUGGUGAAAUUGAAUCAGGCAAAGGAUUGAAUCAAGUUGGGACAUUAACAAGAGCUGGUGAUACACGUUGGGGUUCUCAUGUUCGUUCUGUUUGUAGUUUGCUUAACAUGUUUGAUUGUACUCGUGUUGUGCUCCAAGGAAUAAUUGAUGACGUAUUUGCUACUUAUUCUCAAUGCGGAGAUGCUGAUGCAGCUUAUUGUUAUCUGAAAUCAUUUGAGUUUGUGUUUAUUCUUCACUUGAUGAAGGAACUAAUGGGAAAAACUGAUAUACUUUCUCAAGCUCUAAAAAAGAAAUCCCAAGAUAUUCUUAAUGCCAUGGAGUUAGUUUCAGCAUCAAAGGAAGGUCUAAAUGAUUUCAGAAACAAUGGGUGGGAUUCUUUACUUGCACAGAUACAAUUUUUUUUGUGA